AUGGGAAAAAAAGCAAUUAUUUCGAUUCUUGGUGUUUUCUAUUUAAUAUAUAUGGAGAAAUGUUUUGCAAAAGUGCAAUGCAAACAUUCGGAAGUGCUGGUUCGUCUGGGACGCAAUGAGAAGCAUUCAGUUCCAAUUUGUCCAUCUACCAUUUCCAACUCAAAUAAGAGGGAAGAAUCGAAAUCGAAACAAUUCAAUGAAAAUGUCAUCAAAUGUGAUGGACUACUGUGCAGUAGAUGUCGAUGUAAUGUUAAAUUGGGUUAUAAGCUAUCAAAUAGUACUGAUCAGGCAGAAUGCGUAUUGAUUUGUCCAACAGUUUGA